GACUGACUUCUAAAGACUCUUGGUCCAUGAGGAAGAAACCCGGAAGAGGAAGAGGAAAGCAAAGGAGUCAGGGAUGGCUCUUCCUCAGGGUCUAUUGACAUUCAGGGAUGUGGCCAUAGAAUUCUCCCAGGAGGAGUGGAAAUGCCUGGACUCUGCUCAGAGGACUCUAUACAGAGAGGUGAUGGUGGAGAAUUAUAGGAACCUGGUCUCCCUGGAUAUCUCUUCCAAAUGCAUGAUGGAGUUCUUGUCAACUGCGCAAAGCAAUAGAGAAGUGAUCCACACGGGAACAUUGGAAAGACAUGAAAGUCAUCACAUUGGAGACUUUUGCUUUCAGGAAAUUGAGAAAGAUAUUCAUAACUUCGAGUUUCAGUGGCAAGAAGAUGAAAGAAAUAGCCAGGAAGCACCCAUGACAAAAAUAAAAAACUUGACAGGUAGUACAGACCGAUAUGAUCGUAGUCAUGCUGGAAACGAGCCUAUUAAAGAUCAACUUGGAUCAAGCUUUCGUUCACAUCUGCCUGAACUGCACAUAUUUCAGACUGAAGGGAAAAUUGGUAGUCAAGUCGAGAAGUCUAUCAACGAUGCUUCCUCAGUUUCAACAUCUCAAAUAAUUUCUUGUAGACCCAAAACCUAUAUUUCUAAUAACUAUGGGAAUAAUUUCCUGAAUUCAUUACUCACACAAAAACAGGAGGUACACAUGAGAGAAAAGUCUUUCCAAUGUAAUGAAAGUGGCAAAGCCUUUAAUUGUAGCUCACUCUUAAGGAAACAUCAGAUAAUCCAUUUAGGAGAGAUACAAUAUAAAUGUGAUAUAUGUGGCAAGGUCUUUAAUCGGAAGCGAAACCUUACGUGCCAUCGUAGAUGUCACACUGGUGAGAAACCUCACAGGUGUAAUGAGUGUGGCAAGUCCUUCAGCCAGACGUAUUCCCUUACAUGCCAUCGUAGACUUCAUACUGGAGAGAAACCUUACAAAUGUGAAGAAUGUGACAAAGCUUUCAGUUUCAAAUCAAACCUUAAAAGACAUAGGAGAAUUCAUGCUGGAGAGAAACCAUACAAGUGUAAUGAAUGUGGCAAGAACUUUAGUCAGACGUCAUCCCUUACAUGCCAUCGUAGACUUCAUACUGGAGAGAAACCUUACAAGUGUAAUGAGUGUGGCAAGACCUUUAGUCAGAAGUCAACCCUUACAUGCCAUCGUAGACUUCAUACUGGAGAGAAACCUUACAAGUGUAAUGAGUGUGGCAAGACCUUUAGUCGAAAUCAGGAGUUGACCCUUAAAUGCCAUCGUAGACUUCAUACUGGAGAGAAACCUUACAAGUGUAAUGAAUGUGGCAAAGUUUUUAAUAAAAAAGCGAACCUUGCACGUCAUCAUCGACUUCAUACUGGAGAGAAACCCUACAAGUGUACUGAGUGUGUCAAGACAUUCAGUCGAAAUUCAGCCCUCGUAAUUCAUAAGGCUAUUCAUAUUGGAGAGAAAGGUUACAAAUGUAAUGAGUGUGGCAAGACGUUCAGUCGAAUUUCAGCCCUUGUAAUUCAUACAGCAGUUCAUACUGGAGAGAAACCUUACAAGUGUAAUGAAUGUGGUAAGGGUUUUAAUCGAAAAGCACACCUUGUAUGUCAUCAUAGACUUCAUACUGGAGAGAAACCCUACAAGUGUAAUGAAUGUGGCAAGGUUUUUAAUCGAAAAACACACCUUGCACAUCAUCAUAGGCUUCAUACUGGAGAUAAACCUUACAAGUGUAAUGAAUGUGGCAAGGUUUUUAAUCAAAAAGCACACCUUGCACCACACCUUGCACGUCAUCAUAGACUUCAUACGGGAGAGAAACCUUACAAGUGUAAUGAAUGUGGCAAGGUUUUUAAUCAAAAAGCAAACCUUGCACGUCAUCAUAGACUUCAUACUGGAGAGAAACCUUACAAGUUUAAUGAGUAUGGCAAAGUUUUUAAUUGA